CAUAUUUACACCUUCAAUUCUUGAAAUAACUUCGCGUGUAUCGAAAAGCACGCCGUUACUUUCCAAAUACUUUGCUGCUUCGGAUUGCAUCCGAAGACCUAUCGAACAUAAAAAAAAAAAAAAAAUCCAACUAUCAAAAUCAUGUUCAAUCCUAUUUCUAAGCUUGUUCGGCGCGGCGACUCUGGAAGCAACGAUGGACUCUCCCCCACCAUGGUCGAUCUCUUGAUCUCCCUGCUGGUUCUCAUUUUGCUCGGUCUCGCCCUGGUCGGUGCACUUCUUGUCUUGCGCCGCAAGCGCCUGAAUCGCGAACAAUCCGAACUUCCUGUACACAACGGGCAAUGCGUGCCAAACCACCGUCGUUUCACCGUCUCUGCUUCGCCGAACGCCAAGACAGAGUCCGUUCUGGUUUAUGAUGAAAAGCGCAGUCUUAUCGAGAACUCGUCGAGUCCCCCGCCCAGCCCGGUUCCCGAAAUUCGCAUUACGUUUCCAGAGGAGGAGGACGAAUCCGGAAAGCGCAAGUCGGGCCGAGUUGUGGUUGUGAGAAUUACCGACGCAGGUGGAGUGGGCUUGGAGCCUUGCAAUGAGGAACUUCCGCCGUAUCAGUCCAGCGAUGCGGAGCGAUUCCAGUCGUUGGAUAUCGAGCGCAUGGGUGGACUCAAAGAAAAGGAAUCCACCAAUAGAUGGUCUUAAAAGAAUCGACCUGCUCAACGACCGCGGUCAUCGGCUCAUUGUUCCCAUCGACUGAUACCCCUUCGAAUGACCGAUGUCGCCUUUUUG